AUGGCGUCCCGACCUAACUUCCUUGUCAUCGUUGCCGAUGACCUCGGGUUCAGCGACUGUGGUUGCUUCGGAUCCGAGAUCAGUACGCCCAACAUCGACUCUUUGGCUGGUGCUCCGGGGGGCUUGCGGUUCAAUUCCUUCCAUGUUGCUGCGGCAUGUGCUCCCACGCGGUCCAUGCUCAUGACCGGGACGGACCACCAUCUGACUGGCCUGGGCCAAUUGCCGGAGUACAUUAGCAGAUCGCGCGCCCAUCAAGGAGCCCCUGGGCAUGAAGGAUACCUGAACGAGCGGGUGGUGGCGUUGCCGGAGUUGCUGCGAGAUGGGGGUUACUAUACCCUGAUGUCGGGCAAGUGGCACUUGGGCCUGAAGCGGGAGUACUCGCCGCAUGCUCGGGGCUUUGCACGGUCCUUUGCUAUGCUUUCUGGUGCUUCAAACCAUUACGCCUUUGAACCCCAGUAUGAUGACAUUGUUGGGGACGUGCACCCGUUCUUCCAGUCAACCGUCACGGCAUUGCAUAUGGAAGACACCGAGUAUGCGAAGAAGCUGCCAGAGAAUUUUUACUCUUCCAAUACCUAUGCAUCCAAGUUGAUCGAGUUUCUCUCCGAACGUCCAGAGUCUGAGCGCGAGAAGCCGUUCUUUGCCUAUCUGCCGUUUACGGCUCCUCACUGGCCUUUGCAGGCGCCCAAGUCCUACGUGGACAAGUACCGUGGGAGAUACGACGAUGGCCCAGCAGUGCUGAGGCUCAAGCGGCUUGAGAAGCUCAAGGCGCUGGGCUUAGUCGACCCUGACAUUGUGCCCCACGAGGUCGUGACGGGGCCCGGCGACUCCCUCGAGUGGGAGAACAUGACAGACGAAGAGCGAGCCAAGUCCGCCCGCGCCAUGGAGGUGUAUGCCGCCAUGGUGGAGCUGAUGGACGAGAACAUCGGCCGCGUUCUCGAGCACCUGCGCCAGUCGGGCGAAUAUGACAACACCAUCAUCUGUUUCAUGUCGGACAAUGGCGCCGAAGGCGCCAGCUACGAGGCGUCGCCGCUUGGCGGCAGCGGCAUCACCUCGCAUCUAGACAAAUACUACGACAACUCGCUGGAGAACAUCGGCAGGCCGAACUCGUAUGUCUGGUACGGCAGCCGCUGGGCUCAGGCAGCCACGGCCCCAUCCCGGCUCUACAAGAUGUUCUCCACAGAGGGCGGCUGCCGCGUACCGCUGGUGGUUAAGCCGGCCGGCAAGCCAGAUGCCCUGCACGAGGGUGGCCGGGUUAUCGACGCCUUCUGCACGGUGAUGGACAUCGUCCCCACGAUCUUGGAGUAUGCGGGGCUGCAACACCCCGGCACGACGUACAAGGGACGGACGAUCGAGCGGGUGCGCGGCGUCAGCUGGAAACCGUUCCUGGACGCCAUCACCGCUGCUGAUGCGGACACGUCUCCGGCCCCGUCAUCCAUCCACGGUGAUGAGCAUGUCACCGGGUGGGAAAUCGCGGGGAGCGGUGCGCUGCGCAAGGGGCGGUACAAGAUCACCUACGUCCCCUUCCCGCGGGGUCCGCAGCGGUGGGAGCUGUUUGAUAUCAUUGAAGACCCAGGCGAGACGAGGGACCUCAGUCAGGAGAAGCCCGAGGUCUUCAGCGAGCUGCUGAAACUCUGGGCUGCAUACGCUGAGGAUGUUGGUGUCGUCGGUCUGGCUGGCCAGAUCACGGCAAACAACCGGGUGGUUGAGAGGGUAAAGGAUGAGUUUGAGGAUACUGGACGGUGGAUUCGGUUUAUUGGCAAGGACAAUAUUCCUCCGGAGAUUCAGGCACAGCUUCCGAAAUAG